AUGCUGGCAAAUGCAGGAAUCUCUGGCGAGGCAUAUGAGGCGGCAAUCCAGGCAUGUGUGAAGACAUCAACAGGCUCUGCAGCUGUAUGCCAAAUGCGAUCUGCUGCAUACCUGUUCCCAGACCACACGGAAGGGCCCAUAGUGCCAAUCAAAACCGUCGACGAGGUCCACGGCCACAUCAUCGCACUGGCCGCUGGCAUGGUCCAAGCAAAGCUCAUCCUUCAAGGGCUUCAGCGCUUGGGUCAGGAGGCGUGGCUCUUUCCAUGGUUGUGGUGUGCUAAGACCAUGGACCCUGGCUUCAAUGCUUGGGGCAAUGGCUUUGGGCGAUUGUCGGAGCUCACCGUGGAACAACAUUUCAGCAUGCUCCGUGCGCAGUCAAACAAUGCCCAGCUAACAGCUCGUGCAUAUUUCAAGGCCGCUGCGCGAGUGGCGUUGAAAGUGGGGAAAGGCUUAAAGAAGCCUCACACUGACAGUGCCCUUGGCGUAUCGGGUCUUGUCUCUCCUCGACUGGAGGAGGAAUGUUUGGAGUUCUGUGACGGUCCGAAGCUGAAGAAUCGGGGAUUCAACCCUUCCAGGAAACUGAAAGCCGAAACUUGCAGGGCCAGCGGUGGCUUCUACCCGGAUGCCAGCGACGCCCAGCUCCGAGAAACUCUGCGACGAAAUCACGGGUCGCCGUGCUCGCCGGCGGCGCUGCGAAGGGAGUUGAAAGGGUUGGUGGAGGAGAAACGCGCCAGCCUGCUCUUCAGGUCUCUAGAGAUCAUUCAGCAUGACCAGAUCUUCCAACUCGAUCCACCAGAUUACAACCUGGGCAUGUCCUGCUGUGCCGCUGCAAAGAUGUGGCAGGCGGCCCUGAGUUUCUUGGCUUUCUUGGCGCUAACGAGGUAUGAAGGGACAAUUAUAGCAACUGGUUGGUGGUUUGGAACAUGA